AUGAGGAAUGUACAAACCAAGAGCAAUUCUUUAGACCCGCGGGGGGAUGAUAACAGUACUGUUUCUCCUUCGCAAAAUGUGAAGCGUGAUCGAGAUGGCCUAUCAAUCGAGCCCGAAACGAAGCGAACCAAGCGAGGAAAGUAUGCCUCGAGAGCAUGUGGGCAAUGUAAGCGUCGGAAAAUUAAGUGCGACGGCAAUGCUCCGUGCAAAUCAUGCGUUGCAAAGGGAUGUGAAUGUCAGCGUGAAGGGACUGACAUGAGAGGGAGAUGGCGGCAGCCUAAUGAAACUUCUGUACACAUGAGGUUUGACAUGACCAGUCCUACCAGAUACAAGCGAAUAUGUGCUACUUCUGCCCCUAGAGCAAAGAACCUGGACGCUCGGAAGGAUCAGCGUAAUGGUCUCUUACAAAGUGGGGAAUCAUCAGUAUUCCGCACUGAGAGGCACCAGGACCAAGAAGAUCAAAGCCCCAAGGAUCAGUCCGUCGAGCCUCAGCAUCUCUCAGAGGACACUCCAACAGGUAGCAAGCGGCCUCUUCAUCAUCACACGGCUUCACCCACAGUGCCAACCUUUUCCGGAGAGACCUCCCUAACCCAUAAUCUGACUGUUGUCGAAGGACGGCUAGAGCAGAUGGGCGUACGAUAUGCAAGGCUACGGUCUACGUCCCCAAACCAACCCUUCGCUUCUCGAUUAACUCCAUCUCCGUGCGAUUCACCAAAUACUAGACCCAGAAAUCAGACGCAGGGCUACAUAUACCAGCUUCAUGGUCCGCAUGGUAUAGUCCCGGACCGAAAGCAAUGGGACCAGCUUAUGCAUGUAUUUUGUGAUGAGGUGCACAUUUUAGUUCCCUUUCUGCAUUUACCUUCUCUAUGGGAAGCCUAUUCGAAAAUGUGGGAAAACUCCCGUGGCCCUGGAUCGAGUCAUUACUAUCGACAUGCUGAGUCGCGAUUCACCUUGGCACAUAUUCUACUAUGCUUGGCAAAUGGUAAAUGCGUGAUAUCAUCGCGCGUGAAGAGUCCCAAGGGACAUUAUUCCGCCGGUUGGAGCUUUUACAGAGCAGCCAGAGAUAUCUUCGGUGAUCUUCUCGAUGUCUUCAGCGAGUGUUCCAAUCAGAUACUCUUGCUCCAAACUAUAUUGUUAAUGGUUAUCUACCUUUUCCGCAUUGACGCACACGGCCCUGCCGAAAAGCUCUUGGCCCUUUCAAUAUCACACUCACAUCAUAUCGGACUCCAGCGAUACCAAGUGGUGGAGAAGUUGGGCAUCUUUGAAAGCGAAAUGGCUCGGCGUUUCUGGUGGUGCAUCUACCUCAUGGAUCGACGACUAGCUAUUGAAACAGGUCGCCCAUUCCUAAUCCAGGAUGUGAACGUUGACAUUGGUCUUCCGCGGACUGUGAGUGAUGAGUGGCUCAGUAGGUGUCGUGGAACUUCUCAUUUGAUACGUGCCGACGAUGCCACCAUUGAAAGGUCACACACAACUGUACCAUAUCUGAUUGCUAUGACCAGUUAUUCGAGAGUUAUUGGUAAAGUAUGGGAAGCCUUGUACGGUGCCUCUACCGCCCACUCCUCGCCAAGUUCAUUUCUCAAUGAAUACCUAGAGCUUUUGAUCACGCAGUCUCAAAAGGAUCUUCAACCAGAAUUUUCAUAUGAUCCCCGUCGACCAGGCAGCUAUAGAGCAAGCGGAUUGGCGUGGUGGCAAAUCAAGCAGCAAUUGAUUAUGCGAACUCGUUGGGCAUCCCUUUACCUUCUAAUCAGAAAGCCGAUGCUACAACAAGCCGGCUCUUUGCAUUCACCGCAGGCAACUGAAAACGAGGUUAUUUGUAUGCGUCUGGUCCAAGGAAUUAGUGAUGAUUUUAAAAAUGUACCUGAAGACCAUCAUCCCAAGUACACAUUCCCCUUUCUGCACUACCUCGCCAGUGCAACCAUCAUCGCCCUUGGUCUCAUAAUAAAACAACAUUCAUUCAAACAGACUUACGGGAGAAUGACGCUGGAAACUGCACGGUCUCUGAAGAAACACUGCCAUAAAACCUGGGUUUCAGGCAAAAUGGCUCGAGCAGUCUGGAAGCUGAACCAAAUGGCCGAGGCCACACUGAGUCCAGGCUUUUGCUCCCCUGGAGACCAGGAAAACAAUCAAAUGACAUCUUCAUCGCAGGGAUCCUCUCAAUCUCAUCAAAUUCGAGGCAUGAAUCAACAUAUUCAGGAUUGCUCUAUAUCACCAGCACAGUCGGUCUUGGAUACAACACUCAGAGCAGAUGUGACCGUGUCGGCUUCUCACCAGGGGAUCUCGCAACUUGAAAGUGACUGCCAAGCAUUGACUGGUCAACCGCUGUAUUCAAAUCUUGCUGACGGGCAUUCUAAAGUAGCACAGCCCUUGGACCUGAAAACUGAUGAGAUAAUGACCAACGACUUUGAUUUUGAACAAGGCCAGAAAAUUCUCCAUGUUUCCAGUGGUGUCCAGCGGAUGAAUUCUUUAAACGAGGCCGGUACAGCACAUGGAACCGAAAAAGGCGAGAUGAACAUAGUCAACUCGGAGAACAUGGACUUCAAUUUUCAGGAGAAGGAAGCAAAGGCAAUGACAGGGUCACAUGUGCAAGAAAUCGGACCCUUCGCACCGGAUCCAAAUGCCUGGCUGCCAGGAGAGAUCAUCGAUGGUGGAAUG